GAGCAUCCUAUAGUAGAGAAAAUGGUAAUGUUAACGCCUGCACAUUGCAUCUAAUAAUUGUUUCGCAUUAUUUUUGAUAAUGUGUGAUUAAAUAUUUUUCUAAAAUGCGCAUAUAUCGUAAUAAGAUGUAAAUUUGCUCUUGAGUUCUGGUAGAAAUCAAUUAGAAUAUAAAUUCAGAAGUUGUAAACAUUUCACAACUUUAAAAUAAAUAAAUACCCGUUUGCUGUAAGCGUCAUCUGUCUAAAUGACGCAGUGCGUUCUAAAUGUGACGCUUUAGAGCAGAUGAUAAUAAAUGGGCUGCCCAAGGAUGACUUAUCUAAGAACUUUGAGGCAAAAGUGAGACACCUCACCAACGCCCCAAGCCUACGCGAUAUUCGAAGUUGCUGCCAACAUGGUGGCGGUGACGACACAUUUGUCCUUUUUAGCAACCCCACUGUGGGCAUCCUAGUUUUGAUUUUAAUCAUUAUUUUCAUUCUUUUAUUGCUGGGACUCAUCAAAGGUAUUAUGGGUUUGUACUGUUGUCCACCUGUUGGUAUGUGCGGUUUGGGUGCGUUAAUUGAUUUACCAAGACCGUUAAAAGAAUAUCAAGAAGAACAACUAGUAGAUUUUCCAGUGAAAUACGACAUGAUUGGAUGGCCUGUUCAUCCGCAGACCAACAAACGCACUGUACGGGCACUGUCUUUAAGAAGCGAAUUUUGCUUAAACGUGAUAUUUUUCCUCACUUAUCCUUUGAUAAUGCUCGUCACAUUUUUGACAACCUGCUGUUUUGCUCAAGUGUACGACCAUGAAGACACGGCCGAUGCAGUUUUCCUUAAAGAACACAAAAUAAUGUUAACCGAAUGUCCUUCCAUAAUGUGUCGGCGUGAUACAAUUGAUAUGCACGAAAAAUGUAUAAAAGACAUGCCAAAAGCUUACAAUGGUGAAUCGGGCGGCGAAGAACGGGAUACGCACUAUGUCUUAGAACAGAUGCGGAAAAGUGAAGAAAAGUUACAAUUCAGCUAAAGUUUACCAAGUUAUACAAUAUAUUUAUAAACAAAA